GAGGAUGUCGGAAGCGCCACAAAAUUAAAGAGCUCUGUCGAAAGAGGUAUCAGAAGAUCGAUCAGUGAACAAUAUCCAAUGUUGGGUGAAACUUUGGAGGAAGAAAUUCUUCCAAAAAAGGUUCCAUUAUUGUUGAUCAAAUGUUCCGGACAAAUCAAUAUUGUUGUUGUGAAUAAUGAAGCCAAAUUCUUCUCUGUUCACGAUGGACCAUUCUUCCCACAUCUUAAAGUUUUACAUCAAUAUCCACAAAUGUUGCCACUCUUCCAAGUUGAUAGAGGAGCUGUUAAAUUCAUUUUGAGUGGAGCCAAUAUUAUGUGUAGAGGAUUAACAUCACCAGGAGCUAGUAUGGAUAUGUCUGUAGGAAAGGAUAAAGCUGUUGCCAUCAUGGUUGAAGGAAAGGAAAAUGCUAUUGGUGUUGGUUUUACUAAAAUGACUGCUACUGAAAUUAAGGAUAUCAAUUCUGGAAUUGGUGUUGAUAAUAUGCACUGUUUGGAUGAUUUCCUGUGGUCUCACAUUUUCAAUUAA